CCACAGGAGCAUGAUUCAUGCUGAUAAUUAGCCAACGAGCGAGACUUGAACUCUUCCGGAAUGUUUAUACCAGAUGACGCAACCAUUUGGCUAUUCUAAUUAGCGAAGAAUUAAGUCAAUAAGCCUGGUGUCCUGCUGAACAUCCCGCUGAACAUGCACAACACUUAUCGGAUUCCAAAGUGCUUAUCAAUGAUAAGGAAGUAACGGGUACCCGGUCGGUUAGUAACGGAUUGAAUCAUUUCCCAGUUUGGACUUGCUGAGUGAUGAUGUGUGGCCAUUGUUAAUAAUAUAAGUUGAUUUCAUAUGAUUCAUUUUGCAGGGAAAUCACAUAUUUCAUGUUGUUUUCGAAGAGAUAGCACCAUUUCAUUUUGUUGGAUGUCAUAUGUCUCGAAGCUCAUCGGACCCGACUUGGAAUAAUACCGCUACGCGCAGCUAUCUAUAUCGCUGUCAAUUUUCGUUCAUGUCCUUAUAUCUAGUUGUUGUCCCGUCAUGAGAAUGCAUUCGUGAAUUAGCGAUUGUGGAUAUUGAGUAUUGGCCGCAACCCAUUGCACAUUCGUGUCGUUUUCAACGAUUAACAUCCGUUGGUGGAGUGUAUCCGAUCGCGCUGGAAAAAAAUUGGUGGAAUUAUCUGAUUUACAUUUUUGUUUUCACGGAAUAUUACUAGUUCAUCUUUGGAAAUAUAUGUAUAUGGAUUUGGAAAUAUUGGCCAAUUGAAGUAAAUAGGGCAAGGCAGGGCAAUCAAAUUUCAGCCUAAAAUUCACCAUUUAUAGGUUUACUGCCUGGGAUUUGACAGGUCUGGAUUAGAUUGACUUUCGUAUGACUGAAAUAUAGCCAAAAUGAGCGACCCCAAAAUGCUGUUCGUUAUUUUCGUAGUUAUCUUCAAAACAUCUGCAAUAACAGACAUAUGUUCAAAUGAAAGCACGUGCGGGAAGUGUAUCGCUGCAGCCCCAAAUUGCGCUUGGUGCCAACUUCCUGGAUUCGAUAGACUGCCUUUCAAUCGACUUCGAUGUGAUACCAAUGACAGCCUUGUUUCGUUUGGAUGUCCUACCUCUGACGUCAUCAGUCCUGAUCAUGAGAUUACCAUUUUAAAGGAUGAAGCUGUCCGCGAUGGAAAUAGAAUUGCAGAACCAAUACAGUUGAAACCGCAGGCGAUUCAUCUCAAGAUUAGGCCAAAUAAACCUUUGACGUUUUCGCUAAUGUACCGAGAGGCUGAUAACUACCCAACGGAUCUGUACUACCUGAUGGACCUGUCCAUGUCCAUGUUAGAUGACAAAAAGAAGCUGGCAGGCCUGGGAACAUUAUUAGCGGAACGGAUGUCGGGAAUUACUGAGAACUUCCGUCUCGGUUUUGGUUCGUUUGUGGACAAAAGGGUAUCCCCUUUCAAUAGCGACGUCGCGAAUUUCUUGAAGGUGACCCCUUCUUGCCGGUCUACGAAGUGCGUAGAACCAUACGGUUUCAGAAACCACCUGUCCUUGACUGAGAACACAACGCUUUUUUCUGACCAAGUGAAGGCUGCGAGGGUUGCUCCAAACUUGGACAGUCCGGAGGGUGGUUUUGACGCCAUGAUGCAAGCAGUUGUGUGCGACGAUAUAGGAUGGCGUGAAACAGCGAGGAAGAUCCUAGUACUUUCCACUGACGAAACCUGGCAUAUGGCAGGCGAUGGAAAGUUAGCUGGUAUUGUCACUCCCCAUGACGGUAAAUGUCAUCUGGAUGAGACUGGAUUUUACACUGAAAGCACAACGAUGGAUUAUCCUUCCAUCGGACAGUUAUCGGCAGCAAUCCACGAAAACAACGUGAACGUCAUCUUCGCCGUGACCAAAUACAGACUGCCCUUGUACAAGGAACUCAGUGCCUUGAUAGAGGGUUCGACAAGUGGAGAGUUGGCAGAUGACUCAUCCAACGUAGUCGAUCUGGUGCAGGACAAUUACAACAAAAUAACUUCAAAAGUUACUCUGAAGACUGAAGGUGCUGAAGGCAUAAAGGUAUCCUUUAAGUCCAGCUGCUUUGGAUCAGAGAUGAUGAAUUAUACGAAUAUGUGUGAAAACAUCAAAAUAGGUUCAAACGUCACCUUCGAAGUAACUGUUCUAGUCGAAAAAUGCCCAAAGGACAAAUCUUCCAUGUGGAGGAAUUUUACUAUUCGUCCAGUCGGACUUUCUGAUGGAAUCAACAUCCAGAUGGAACUACUCUGUGACUGUGAUUGCCAGAAACCCAAUCAGACGGUUCCUGACAACCAGCAGUGCAGUGGUGGGAAUGGUACAUACGACUGUGGCCAAUGUACUUGUAAAGAGGAACGGUAUGGGAAGAACUGCGAGUGCGAUGGCUCGCAGUUUGACAUCGACGUCAACAAUGAACAGUGCAAGCAGACCAAUUCCUCUUCCGUAUGCAGUGGGAAAGGCAGCUGCGUUUGCGGGGUCUGUGAAUGUGACGUCAGAGGUCGAGGUCAGAGUAACCAGCACUACACUGGAGAGUUCUGUCAAUGUGAUGAUUUCUCGUGCAAUUACGCAGCGGACAAUGGGAAGAUAUGUGGAGGACCGGAGAGAGGCACAUGUGUUUGUGGUGAAUGUCAGUGUGCCCCGGGAUUUGACGGGACAACUUGUGAGUGUCCGACUAGCAUAGAUUCCUGCAUCGGUGGUGACGAUGGGCUCGUGUGUAACGGCAAAGGCGUAUGUAGCUGCGGUGUGUGUGAAUGUUCUGUGGAUGCCGGAUACAGCGGACCAACAUGCUCCGAAUGCUUGACGUGCGAUACCCAUGGAUGUGACAUUCACACGGUGUGUGUGCAGUGCACUGUGUUCCAAACAGGGCCGCAUGAUUCAGACAAAUGUAGUCAAGAGUGUACCAAGAUAGAAAUCGUUAGUGAAUUAGAUGAAACGGACGAAACUAAAAUAUGUAGUUUUAUUGACGAUGAUGGAUGCCGUGCCUACUUUCACCACGAAUACGACCCCGAUGGAAACCUGACCAUCAAAGCUCAGAGGACAAAGGCUUGUAACGCUCCUGACAAUGUAAUCGCCAUAGCCUCGGGAGUGAUCGCUAGCAUAGUUUUUAUCGGACUGCUGCUCCUUAUUACAUGGAAGGUAGCAGUGACAACAUACGACAAAAGAGAAUUCGCCAAAUUUGAGAGCGAACGGUUAAAUGCUAAAUGGAAUACGGAAGGUAAUCCACUCUACAAGAAACCUACGAGUACAUUCAACAAUCCAGCCUAUUUUGAAAGCAUGAAUAUCAAGGCGAAGGAGACGUGAUAUAGAACAAUGCCCGCCAAACAGAUAUUACAUUGUAUUUGACAGUAUUUUACAAGCUAGAGUGAUUGAGACAUUCAUACCAUCAGGGACAACUUGGGCAUGAGAUAUGUUGGUUUUCAUACAGGCUUCCAGCAGGACAGAGACUUCUCCAAACAGGAUAAUGGAAAGUCAUUGAACUGCAAUAAACAAUGUACUAGAAAUGGGUGUAACCUGCCUGAAAUUCACAUGCCAUGUCCAAAACUGCCUCGCAACACGGUCCAAAAUCAUUAUUAGAACUCAGCAUCUGCGCGAUACUACUGGUGGCGGCACAUUUCGGCAAGCAGAGUCAUUAUCCUCCUGGCCAUGUAACUCUACCACCCCCAAGUUGUCCCUUCAAUAUGGAUAUCGAGAUCAGAUUCUCAGUUUGGACAAAUCGCCAUCCCUGACCGUGAAUUUUUAUCUGGACACGGUUCAUCGACUUGGACAGAUCAUCGUUAUGAUCGGAUAUCUAUUUUAGGCGGAUUAUCCACGUCUUAUUAUUGUUGACAAUAAGCUACAUAGCUAGCUUCUACAGUUGUGUGGGAUGGCGGGCGCAUAACACAUAUUUUGGCGUUUUUUAAGGCUCAACACGCACGCCCUGAAAAUUUUUUCGAUGACUCUUUGUAUUGAAUGUUUAUGGUAACUUGCCCUCAACCCUCUCGCUGCGACUAGUACAUGUACUCUAUUCGAUAUAUAUGCCAUUGUUGCUGUUGGAAGACUAAUGCGUCUCUUUCUGCGUUAAUGUCAUAGAGCUGGUCUUUGCAGGAGGAAAAAUAAAUGCUGAUGAUGAUGUUAAGAGCAUCAUAAUUUAUACUAGAAUUUAACAUAUGUCGAAGCUCCUUUCUUUGAUCAAAUGUACGGUGGCUGGAAAAGGACAUCACAUAAUUUUUUUUCAGGAAAUAUCUCGAUCGAUGGACUUCUUAUCUCGAGCGAUAGAGUUACGAAAUCGAGGCCAUUCAACAUUCAAACCGAGCCUACAACUUGAAUCCCUCGAUUUAAAGGGGGAAUACAGGCAGGAGAUAGGGGAUAAUAUUGUCCGUCCAUACAUUUCAGAUUUGGGAAAGCAAAAAACUACAAAACAAUGAAACGUAGAAAUGUACUCGGUUAUCAGAGAUUCGAUUAUAAGGCAUAACAUGCCGCAUAGGCCUACAACAUCUUUGCCAGAUUCCAAAGGUAUAUGGGCAAACUACACAUAUAUACGUGUCAUUGUUUUUUAGUUUUUUGCUCCCCAAAUGUGAAAUGUACUUAAAGGGACACUAUAUGCAGCCAAGAAGGACAGAUAAAAUUACACAAGAACGCUGAUAGGUGUCGCUCCGAUCUCACAGAACAUCGAAACUAUUGCACUUGUAUCAGUAAUAUAAUGAUAUUGUUGAAUCGAACACAACCUGGACCCUAGAUGUGUACAAAAGUCAAAUUCCUGUCUGUACUCCCCCUUUAAGUUGUAGUCUCGGUUUGAAUGUUGAAUGGCCUCGAUUUCGUAACUCGAUCGAGAUAAUAAGUCCAUUGAUCGAGAUAUUUCCUGAAAAAAAAUUGUCCAUGUUGAAAAAAAAUCAUGUGAUGUCCUUUCCCAGCCACCGUAAAGUAUGACCAAAUAACGUUUAUACAAAAAUACAUAAGGCGAGCUUAUAUAUUUUUGGCUUAUACUAUGUAGUGAUAUUAACUGUCCAUGGAAAUAUAGGGGCCAUGUACUCAAAACGUAGUGGCAAAUGUGUUGCACAUUUUGUGAUUACAUUCAUUUUGUGAUUACAUUCAUUUUGUUCCAAUUGUCGUAUACAUUUAUU